AUGCCUUUCCUCACCGGCCUAAAAUCCCUUGCAUCCGGAUUUGGUCCCAAAAAGAAGCGGUCCUCUGCUCAUGACCCACAGAACCACGACUAUCCUCCAUCUCAAAAUGGACCAAAUUACCAGGAGCUUGUCGAUACUAGACCGCCGUUGGUACCUGUGAUGUUGCCUCGAGUUCAUCCCAAGAGACAUUUCGCACUGUCGGAUCAGGGCUGGACGACGAUCGACAUGAACACCAAUUCGUCCGACGCUCUCUACACUAGCUACCAAGAACUUCUCAAAUCGAGUAAAGCAUUCUUCGAUCUCCCCAUGGAAGAAAAAGAGACUUUUAAAACCGCUCUGGGAAGUGAGGACGGCUGGUCUCGUGUCGAAGGGGAGAAGGAAUUCAUCACAUUACGCAGUCUAGAGAGUACACCAGAAGUGCUGAAGGAAGCUACUAUUAAGUACUGGUCAGAAGCUGGAGGGCUUUUAAAUGAGAUUCUGGUGAGAAUUGCUGAGAGCUUGGGGCUUCCAGAAGAAUCCUUUACUGUCUAUUCGGAACCUUGUUCGAGGCUUGUUGAAAAGACAGCGACUAUGCUGCGUCUCUUUAGGUAUGAAGGGUUUGAGGGUAAGCAAAGCAAAGUGGUUGCUGAAGCACAUCGAGACUUGGGCCUCCUUAGUCUCGUCGUUGGAGAUACACCUGGCCUAGAAGUACACGAUCGCCACCGGAACUGGUCUUUUCCCAUUGAGAGGACAUAUGAGACCCCUUCACAGACAGUCUUGGUCGGCCGUCAGCUUGAACGAAUGACCAACAGCCGGUACAGAGCGGGAGGUCAUCUUGUUCGAUCGUAUCCGAAUCCUGAACCCGGGAAAACUGAUGUACCAAACCAUCCAGACUCGCGGCAGUAUCGGUAUUCAAUUGUCUUCGUUCUUAGAGCUCAUUAUCCGAUCCCGAUCAAUACGGAUGCCCUUACUACCCCUAUUACGGGCGAAUUUUCGAAUCCAAUGAGAGAUAUCACUGCUGGAGAUCUUUUCAAGAAGAUUCACGCAGCUCAUUAUAACAUCAAUACUGCGGUGGAAGAGCGGAAUGAGCAGAAGCGAAAAUUGGACGAGGAGAAGAGAAAGAAGACUUCUCAGAAUGGUACCCCGCCAUCGUGA